AUGGCCAGCGCGGCCUGGGGGUCGUGGCCGUGGCCGUGGCCCCCGCCCCGGCUCAGGUUCCUGCUCCAGUUCGCAGCGCUGCUGGGGACAUUCGGGCUCCAGGUCCAGACCCUGGCGCCCGACAGCCUGCUGCUCGUGUCCACCCUGGACGGGAGUCUCCACGCACUGAGCAAGCUGACGGGGGACAUGCAGUGGACAUUGAAGGACGAUCCCAUCAUCCAGGGCCCCAUGUACGUCACAGAAACGGCCUUUCUCUCGGACCCGACCGACGGCAGCCUGUACAUCCUGGGGACGCAGAAGCCGCAGGGAUUAAUGAAGCUGCCGUUCACCAUCCCCGAGCUGGUCCACGCCUCGCCCUGCCGCAGCUCGGAUGGGGUCUUCUACACAGGCCGCAAACAGGAUGCCUGGUUCGUGGUGGACCCCGAGUCAGGGGAGACGCAGAUGACCUUGACCACAGAGGGGCCCUCCACCCCCCGCCUGUACCUCGGCCGCACGCAGUACACGGUGACCAUGCAUGACCCCCGGGCGCCAGGCCUGCGCUGGAACGUGACCUUCCGCCGCUACUCGGCGCCCCCACUGGACGCCUCGCCUGGGAGAUACACGAGCUACCUGGCCUCAUGUGGCACUGGCCUGCUGCUGGCCGUGGACCCGGGCAGCGGCAGGGUGCUGUGGACCCAGGACCUGGGCGUGCCUGUGAUGGGCACCUACACCUGGCACCAGGACAGCCUGCGCCAGCUGCCCCACCUCACGCUGGCGCGGGACACCCUGCACUUCCUGGCGCUCCGCUGGGGCCACAUCCGCCUGCCCACCUCGGGGCCCCAGGACACGGACACGCAGCUGAUGAGGACACUCUACGUUGGGAAGCAUGAAGUCGGCUUCUACGUCUCCACCGUGCUGGUCCACACAGGGGUGGCCCUAGUGCCUCGAGGGCUGACCCUGGCUCCCACAGACGGCCCCACCACCGAGGAGGUGACGCUCCAGGUCUCAGGGGAGCGAGAAGGCUCGCCCAGCACCGCCGUCAGAUACCCCUCGGGCAGCGUGGCCCUCCCGAGCCAGUGGCUGCUCAUCGGACACCACGAACUCCCCCCGGUCCUGCACACGACCAUGCUAAGGGUGUACCCCAGCCCGGGGAGUGGGGCGCCCGAAAGCAGAACCUCAGAGAGCACCCAGGCCCCAGCACCCUUCGUGGAGUUCCCAAGCCUGAAACGGGAGGAGCUGCGGGACCUGGAGCUUCCCCCUACAAAGGGAAGCCCAGGCUUGUCUUCAGAGCUGGGCCCCCAAGACCUGCUGGUGGCCAGCGUCACUGCUGUCCUUGUGGGCGGAUGUGUCCUCCUCCUGGUGAGGCAGCAGCAGCUGGUGAAGCCGCAGCCGGCGCUCCUGGCACCAGCUGGCUCUUCCCGUGUCUCCCAGGCCUCCGGGGCCACCGACCAGGACCAGAAGAGACUCCAGGGUCCCGAAGAACAAGCCCAGCCCCCAGCAGGCCCUGAUGCUGAGCAGCUCACCGUGGUGGGGAAGAUCUCCUUCAACCCCAAGGACGUGCUGGGCCGCGGUGCAAGUGGGACCUUCGUUUUCAGGGGUGAGUUCGAGGGCCGGGCUGUGGCUGUCAAGCGGCUCCUCCGGGAAUGCUUCAGCCUGGUUCGGCGGGAGGUCCAGCUCCUGCAGGAGUCGGACAGGCACCCCAAUGUGCUCCGCUACUUCUGCACCGAACGGGGACCUCAGUUCCACUACAUUGCCCUGGAGCUCUGCCGCGCCUCCCUGCAGGAGUACGUGGAGAACCCUAAGGGGGACCGCUGGGGCCUGGAGCCCGAGGCGGCGCUGCAGCAGCUGAUGUCCGGCCUGGAGCAUCUGCACUCCCUGCACAUCGUGCACCGGGACCUGAAACCUGGCAACGUGCUCAUCGCCGGGCCGGACAGCCAGGGCCGCUGCAGGGUGGUCCUCUCCGACUUCGGUCUCUGCAAGAAGCUGCCAGCCGGCCGCUACAGCUUCAGCCUCCGCUCAGGGAUCCCGGGUACGGAAGGCUGGAUGGCCCCCGAGCUCCUCCAGCUCUUGGCCCCUGACAGCCCGACCAGCGCCGUGGACAUCUUCUCCGCGGGCUGCCUCUUCUACUACGUGCUUUCUGGUGGCAGCCACCCCUUCGGGGAGAGCCUCUAUCGCCAGGCCAAUAUACAGGCGGGGACUCCCUCCCUGGGGCACCUGGAGGAGGAGGUUCAGGACAAGGUCCUGGCCCGGGACGUGGUGGCGGCCAUGCUGAGCCCGCUGCCUCGCGCGCGCCCCUCCGCGCCCCAGGUGCUGGCGCACCCCUUCUUCUGGAGCAGGGCCAAGCAGCUCCAGUUUUUCCAGGACGUCAGUGACUGGCUGGAGAAGGAGCCGGAGCGGGGGCCGCUGGUGACGGCACUGGAGGCAGGCGGGGCCGCCGUGGUGCGAGGCGACUGGCACACGCACAUCUCCGUGCCGCUGCAGACAGAUCUGAGACGGUUCCGGUCGUACAAGGGGACGUCGGUGCGGGACCUGCUCCGUGCCAUGAGGAACAAGAAGCACCACUACCGGGAGCUCCCGGCGGAGGCCCAGCGAGCACUCGGCCACAUCCCCGACGGCUUCGUGCAGUACUUCACGGCCCGUUUCCCCCGGCUGCUGCUCCACACGCACGGGGCCAUGAGGAGCUGUGCCUCCGAGAGCCUCUUCCUGCCCUACUACGCGCCAGCCUUGAGGGCCAGGGAGCCAUGCCCGGGGGCCGCGGGGAGCUGA